AAAAAAAAUGACAACAAAAAUUUUGCGAAAAAAAAAUAAGUAAAUUCCUUCCUAAAAUGUUUCGAUUAAUACAGUGAAUAAUUCUAGAAGAAUCCCUAAAUUAACCCUAACAACAUCUGCACUGUGCUUGGCCAUUUUAAUGUACUAAUGAAUUAAAUAUGAACUCGUCACAUUUUUUAAAAAGCAAUAUUUGAACGGUGCAUAAAAAUGGAUGCUUCGGCAUCACCCACCAUUGAUGCCAAUUUGAAUGGGGUUUACGGGGUUUUCCUACAGAUCGAAAAUUCUACUUUUCCAACAAACAUAAAGAACAAGAAUACGGUAAUAAAGUACACCAAACUUCCAGCGUUUGACAUUGAUGCCAAGGAUUUUCCAGUGUCAUGGCCCGAAAAUGAAUACCCAUUGCAUCCUCGUUUGCGGCGCAUCGUUACCCUUGAUGAUUCUUCCAUUUUAACCAGCCGGUCACUAAAAUCAAACGUCGUAGCACCUACAAAGAUGACAAACCCUAGUAUAACCAAACGAAAAAUUGUUACCAUAACAGAGGAUGAUGAAACUGACCCUUACCCUAAGUUUUCAAGAGAAAGGAAAAAAUGUAAUAAAGCAUCAGAAACUAAAUUCAAGAAUGAUGUACAGGUUUCUCAACUCAGUGCAUCUCGAAUAUCAAAUUCACCUAAUAUAAGAGAAAGGAAGAAAAUUUAUAAUACAAAAUCAUCAAAUAUAGUUCCAGAAAUCAAAUUAAAGAAUGAUGAGCAGGUUGCCCAGAAAACUGUGUCUAGAUUAUCAAAUUAUUCAAAAUAUAGUAAGGAGAGUAAAUCAAGUGCCAAAAAUAUUAAUACAAAUACUAAUAAGAAGGACAUGAAUGUUUCAAAAGUGAACUAUAAAAGUAAAUACUCCAAUGUUAGUCAACCUCCAGUAGACGUUCCUAAAACACGUCCAGUGAAAGAUACAUUGAAAUCAAAAAGUAGUAAAACGCCUUCAAAAGUUAACCUAAGUAAAAAUCAAGAAACUUCAAGAGUAAGUGAUAAAGAACAAUUAUUAAACAAGGGUAGAGCAGUGGAAAAUUAUAGAGUAAAUAAUAAUAGCAAUAAAUCAUCAGCAGAAAAAUCCUAUUUAUCAAAAGUAGCAAAUCAGUCAACAAAACAAAAUGCUACCUUGUUAAAAGAAAUAAGCAAACAUAAACCCGUGACAGUUAUACAUGUUCCACUCGAAGCUCAACAUAAUAAAGGAGAUCUUUGUGAAAAUCAAAAUUGUUUAAAACUUCGAUUAAAUCAGAAAACGAAGUGCACAGUGAAUUGUAGUACAGAAACAGUAAAUGAUUACUUUUCUAAUGAUGUAGAAACAGAAACACCACCAUUUAAUAUAAAAGACAAAGAAACCCAAAUAGACAAAGAAUCUCAAAUCUACAACAAACAAAUUUUUUCUUGUAAAAGUGUCGAAAGUAACGUUCAGACUGACUUUGUUGAAGAAAUGUUUGAUAGUCUUGCUGUACCAAAUGUUACCUUAACGAAAGAUAAGAGUGGCACCAAAGAACAGUUUGUUAAUUUGCAAAGUAAGUCAUUACCUAAUCUUCAUGUACCAUCCUUAAAGAUAACACCACAUAAAAACGAAGGGAGCAAGGAUUCUAGUUUUUGUAAAGGUUCCUAUUUUAUUGGGCAUGCUACAUUGACAUGCACCACCAGGCAAAAGAUAAACUUUCACGUAGUUGGUAAUAAUAAUGAAACAAUGUCUAAUCAAUCACCUAGUCCAUUAGCAUAUCCUAUAAAUGUGGUGUCAAUUUUUGAAAAGGAAAUGAAAAGACAAAAGCAACAUAACACUUCAGAUGACCAGCAUAAGGCAAAUGUCGAGUACACUGAUUGCAUAAAUGAACUACAGUCGCUUAAUUGUUCCUAUGUACUCAAUAGCAAUAAAUUGGUGAAACCGUCGGACAUCAUCAGCACAAUAAAAAUUAACAAUGGUAUAUUGCAAAACGAAUACAUUUGUGAACAGUUUCAAAGAGAACUCAACUUUAUUGAUUCGUUCUUUGAAUCACUGCAAUAUCUAGAGAAUUGUUCUCUAACUGAUACAUGCUUCUCAGAUAGAAAAGUUGAUAGUCUAAUUAAUAAUCCUAACUUUGAUGUGAAUCAUUCGGAGUAUGGCUCUUUCAUUUCAAAACUUGAAAAUGGCGCCAAUGUUGACGAUUGUGAAACAAUGGCAUCCAAGAGUCUUUGUUUGCUCAACCUGCUCAUUCGUGAUGAACAAAGGCGAGCAAAAAAUUUAUUAUUUGUAUUAAAAAUGAGAGAAGAUGCUCUCAAAGACUUCACAAAAUCUCAGAUAUUGUGGUUAGAAAAUAAGAAAAAACAGGAAAACACUGACAUUUCUACCUUGAAAAAAAAGCAGCGUGGUGCACUUCUCAAACUGCAGCAUGAGUGUGGGGAAAUGCAGCGCAUGCGAAAAGCUCUCUUAACUCAAUCGGAAAAACGAAAAGUGGCGCUUUUAAAAACUAAAAAGAACAUUGAGCUAAAACUGAAAAAUAAUGUGGAUGUUGAUCAAAUUAUAUUGGGUAAAAAAAAGGUGAAGAGGAACGUGAUCGAUCGCAAUACGACCCCACUUAAAUGUUUUGACUUAUCCAGCAGUGGGUGCGAAGAGAGUUCAGCGUCUAGGCAAAAAUCUGAUAUUCCGCCAGUACAGACUCUGGCUCCUAUAAACGUAACAAGUGCUGAAAAGUGUAUACAAACAGGGGAGAGCAAAUUGGAUGUUGCUCGAUUAGAGCCAUCUACUGACACUGCAGCAGAAAACUUUGUGAUGGUCGAUGGCGGGUACUUGAAUAUAUUAUUCCACAAUCUAUCAGUGCCCGAAAUAUUCAGCAGCAAUAAACAGUACGAGGUGAACGAAGAGGCUCUCAGAAACAUUGUCAGUUCCACAAACACAAACCAUAAUUUGAAUGACAUAGACAUUGAAAGAUUUAUGAACCAAAUUAAAAAUACAGAUUUGGAUUCGAGCAGUCCGUCAACGGCUCGUAGCCUGGUUGAAGAAUUAGACCAGUAUUACAAAGGGCUCGUCGAAGAGAAAUUGACUACUGAUUUUCCUGUUAAUGACGCUUGUUCCAUGACUGCAGAACCAUUGGUUGAUUCGAAGAUGCAGCAAUGUGAAAGUACUAGUUUUCACAGCCUGUCUACAGUUAUGAAUGAUAGUAAAGUGAGCGUGUCGAACAGUCGGAGCCCUUAUAAGGAAGAUAGGCAAUGUUUACAUGAAUCUAGUGAUGUGUCUCAUUUGUCUAUCGAAAAGGAGGCUGCUAUGACGUUAAGGCCAGCGGGGCCUUUGCCAGUACCAGCGGGGGCGGCGGCUGGAACGGAAUCUCAGAGUAGUAACUUACCGCUGUGGGGCAAUGCUGAAACGUCAUCAUCCUUCGUCGCAGAUGUGUCUGGUGUCAGCAGCCAAUUAAUCUGUGCGAGCAGAACUGCGAUGUCGAUACCAUCACAGUCCGAAGCGGAAGAACUGCGAAGGAAACAGUUGGCCAUCGAAAGAGAGAUCAAAGCUUUAGAGCAACAGCAGAGUCAGUUGCUAGUCGUACGCGAGAUUCCUGACAAACCGCCGCCUCCUUACACACCGCCGGCGGAAGCGAAAGCGCCGCGUUUGCCACGCAAAUACGUCGCCGACGAAACCACCGAAGAGAAGAUUCAGAUUUACAUGAGGGACCCAGAAACGGCCUGCGACCCCACCGACGCUUUUGAUUCAUUCGUCAAAGACUUCUGCAUAGAAACACUGGAGAAACAGAUGCUGGACCGUAGUGAUAAACCCUGGGACACCUGCAAUCUGUUACCGCAGAAACCGCCUGAGGACCGAGAGAAGCUUAUCAAGAGGACAUCGUCGAACCUCCAUGAUAUUUUGACGGGUGUCGGGCCUGUUGUUGUAUCUGGCGUGGGUGCGCGACGAUCUGACCAUAUUGAUGACGUAUUAUUCGCGGAGUGGCGACGCUGCGAGCCAGAAUGGACUUCACUACAAUCUGACGAGGCGCUUGUCAAAAACCAAAUAUUCGAAGGCAUCUUCCAAAAAAUACUAACCGAAACAAUAGACGAAUAUAAACGGACGGUCCUGUGCGACCAAUAAACAGUGAGAGUGAACAAACUAAAAGUGUUGUUAAGGUUUAUUUGGGUGAACGUGUUAUAUUAAAUUACUGUGCUAAUCAUUUUAUAUUUAUUCGCUGACAGCUAGGUAUAAGUAACGAGAGGUUAUUUAUUUGCAUGUGUUGUCGUUGCGAGUAAGUGGUUUCAUAAUAAUUUUAGAGCGUACACAGUUCAAGUAUUAAAUUAUUUAUUUCAAAUAAUAAUUAUUAUUAUUAUAAUAGAAAAAUAUCACAUAGUUCUUAUAGUUUCACACUGACUAUCUAAAUUGAAAGUACUCCCAGUAGCUUUGGCCACGAUCGGGAGUGCUCUGACAUUUCUACUUUCAAUGAGCUGACUUGUAUGAAAAUUUUAAGAUACUUAGAUUUAAUUCACAUAAUAUAAUCGCAAUUGAUGCAUUCAUGUUCAUUAUUUAUAUAAUGAUUAAAUGAAUACUCACAAUUUGUAUGAUUAACUAGAUAAGUCUCAAUAAUGCAUGCCAAACUAAAAGUUAAUUUUUGCAUGAAUCCUGAUUUUAUUGACUUCAAAUAUCAAUCAUUUUUUAAUUAGAGAUCGCUACUUUUUAUGGACAGCUCCUUGAAUGCAGAUUACACAGAAAGCCAUAUUGUAUUUGUUACUACUUCUAAAAUAACUAGUGUACAGUUUUUACUGUAAAAGUAGUGUCUGGUGCCAACAAGAUCACUAAAAAAAAUUAUUGCAUGUCCAAAGUUGAUGAAAUUAUAUUGUAAGUUCCAUGUCCAAAAAUCCAAGAUAAAUCAGUUUACAAGAAGUAUGCUGAGAUAAUCAUGUAUAUCAUGCCUGUAUACAACAGAUAUCUUUGUCGCAUAUUAUGUAUAAAAAUAAAGUUUACGUCUUGCACAGACAACACGAUAUCUGCCUACCUAAUUAUUUUUGUAUAAUAUAUAUCUAUGAAUAAAAUGUUAUUCAAAGUUGUAAAACUGUGUUUGUAUUUUAUAUACUCCGUAAUAAAAUUAUACCGAGAUUCUCUUAUGCCAAUAUUUAUUUACAAAUCAAAUAGCAGAUUACAUUAAAGUUAAAAAAAAUAGAAAAAGUAUCUCACAACAUAAAACACACACAAUCAGGAGUUUAGCAAAAAAUAUUUAUAAUAAAUUGACAAUUCUAUACGUACUUAGAAGGUUGUUUAAAAUCUAAAGUAUUGUUAUAACAUAAAAGACUCGAGCCCUGAAGAAGGUAAUGGAGCUCGCGUUAAAAGUAAGUAAAUAAAUUAAGUCAAUAAUACGAGUUCACGUUUUUGAGGAUCUCAUAGAAACUCAAUGUUCUUUAUACGUCCCGUUUUAAUUGUCGUUCUCUCAUUUAACUAAUUUAUAGUUUCACUAAGAUUGUCUCUCGAUUUAACACUAAACACUGGCAUGAAUGGAUUUAUAAAAACGAAAAAAAUGUUAAUACACUUUUGGUACAUAGAUUCUUCAAUCAUCAGCCUUUAGAAUUGACUCUAGUGGGUUGGGGCCUUUUCUUCUAGGAUUUGAGGGUGGCUUCGUCGAUUCAG